UUCUCCGAGGAUAAUCACUUAGGGCAGUGGUGCUCAACCUUCCUAAUGCCAUGACCCUUUCAUACAGUUCCUCAUGUUGUGGGGACCCCCAACCAUAAAAUUAUUUACCCAGUAAUUUAUAAUUCAUGAAGUCUCAUUUUACCUCCAAUACUGCUGCUUUCAACACAGUAGCUGCUUUCAACACAGUAGCUGCUUUCAACAGAGUAGCUGCUUUCUACACAGUAGCUGCUUUCAACACAGUAGCUGCUUUUUACACAGUAGCUGCUUUCAACACAGUAGCUGCUUUCAACACAGUAGCUGCUUUCAACACAGUAGCUGCUUUUUACACAGUAGCUGCUUUCUACACACAGUAGCUGCUCUUUACACAUCGUAAAUAUGUGUUUUCCGAUGAUCUUAGGUGACCCCUGUGAAAGGGCAGCUGCAACGGGUUUACCACAGCAGAUGGCAGCACUGGAGAACGGAACUCUUGAUGGAGACACCUGCUGAUGUAAAGCAGUAGCUGCUUUCAACACAGUAGCUGCUUUCUACACAACAGCUGCUCUUUACACAUUGG